AUGAUCUUUUCAAAAUUUCAUCAAUUACAAAAAGUUCCUUAUUUAACUUUACUUCCUAAUGAAGUAUUAGCUGAAAUUUGUGAAAACCUAUCACCUGUUGAUCUUUAUUCACUUGCGUCUACUUCUAAAAAGCUUCGGAACUUUUUAUGGUCAACUUCUACUAUUACUCAACAAAUUUGGCGCAACUCUCGUCGAUUAUACUUUCCUCAAUAUAAAUCACAGCCACUUAAAGAUAUGUCAGAACAAAAAUAUAUUUAUUUGGCUGCUUUGGCAAAGAAAUGUCAAUUUUGUGAUGAAAAAGAUCCACGAAAAUUAAAAAGGUAUUGGGAAUUUCAAGUAUAUUCUUGUGAAGGUUGCAUCCAAAAAAGAAUUGUCAGUCAUAAAUCGUUGUUAAAAAAACAUAAAAUUUCUGAAGAUGUUCUCUCAACUUGUUUAAGUUUUGGUGAACAAGGUUAUUUUGUUCCAGACGUUUUAACGGCUCAGAUAGAAUAUUCAAAAACUAUAGAUAAAUUUUCUUGGGUAACUCAUAAACAAUUGGAUGUUAUUCAACAAAAAUGUAGAAUUAUUUCAAUAUUAUUAGACGAAUUUCACGCUGAUUCAAUAUUAGGGCAUCAGUAA